GCAAAAUGCUCUUACAGCAGCGUUUAAGUUACCUAAUUUAAACGGUAGUGAGAUGUAAUCAAAUACCUGACAAACUUUUCUUAACAGCAUAUAAGCUGUUGAUAGAGCUUAUAAACGGUCAAACCCUUUGCCAUACUAAGCAUUACUCAACCCACUCAAGUCGAUCAAAAGUCCCAAGGAGCUUGCAGGAGCAGGUGGCUGCAAAGAAAGAGGGUGCUUGAACAAUAGAGUAGAUUGCCGGCCUGGGCCUGAGCCUCGCUUACUGUCCAUUUUGGCGGCGACUUGUAUAACUGCGAUUUGCGCUUCCGUCCGAGGAAGAAGAUCGACAUCACCAUCGCCAUCGCCGUAACAUAACAAUAAUACAUGAGAAAGCAUCUAUCAUAUUUGUCCAAGAAUAAUGCUACUCCAUCAUCCCUCGUUAAGAUGCUUCUCUCUCCGCCCUUUGCUUUCAGAAACGCUACGUCCGCCUCGCAGUUUCCUCAAACCGAGGACGACGAGGAAGAAGACGAAGACGAGUUGGACGCCUCUUCCUGCAUCAUCCAGGACAAGGACCUCCUCCGCGGGAGCCCCAAUUCUGGGCUUCACGUUUUAGACCUAAUCGACAGUGGUGCUCUUGAACCAGACCCCUCCCUUUAUAACCAGCUUCUCAACAAGUGCUCCCGGCUCCGCAAGCUUCCCGCAGGUCGGAUCGUUCACGCUCAUUUCCUCCGUUCCCAAUUCAUCCAUUAUCUCGUCAUCCACAACACUGUCCUGAACAUGUAUGCCAAGUGCGGCAGUCUGGACGAGGCCCGCAAGGUGUUCGACGAAAUGCCCCUUAAAGACAUGGUCACUUGGACCGCCUUAAUUACUGGCUAUUCCCAGAACGGUAGGCCCCAUGACGCGCUUCUUCUUUUCCCUCAAAUGCUGCGCUUGGGAUUUUGCCCCAAUCAGUUCACUUUCUCCAGCCUUCUCAAGGCUGCUGGGGCCGUUCCUAGCCACAGAGAUGGUAGGCAAGUUCAUGGCUUUGUCAUAAAAUAUGGUUUCGAUUCUAAUGUUUACGUGGGGAGCUCCCUUUUGGACAUGUAUGCUAGAUGCAGCCUGAUGGAUGAAACCCACUUCGUUUUCCACAGCUUGCUAAGCAAGAACGAAGUUUCUUGGAAUGCUCUGAUUGCAGGGCAUGCUAGGAAGAGUGAGGGAGAGCGUGCCGUUGAUCUAUUCUGCAAGAUGCUAAGAGAAAAUUUUGGGCCCACUCAUUUUACCUAUUCUAGUGUUUUCGCGGCUUGUGCCAGUAUUGGAGCCUUGGAGCAGGGCAGGUGGGUGCAUGCUCAUAUGAUAAAAUCGGGACAACAGCUUAUUGCUUUUGUUGGGAACACUCUUCUUGAUAUGUAUGCCAAAUCAGGUAGCAUCGAGGACGCUAAAAAAGUUUUUGUGAGAUUGAUUCGAAGAGACGUGGUUUCCUGGAAUUCAAUGCUUAUAGCAUGUGCCCAACAUGGGCUUGGUCAGGAAACUGUUGAACGCUUUGAGGAAAUGCUUAAGAUAGGAAUUAGCCCUAAUGCGGUGACCUUCCUCUGUGUUCUCACUGCUUGUAGCCAUGCUGGGCUUUUGGACAAAGGACAACAUUAUUUUGAGCUAAUGAAGAAAUAUAAUGUAGAAGCAGAUGUAUCACAUUAUGUCACCAUGGUUGAUCUACUUGGCCGAGCAGGUCAUCUUGAUUGUGCUGAAAGGUUCAUCAAAGACAUGCCUAUUGAACCUACUGCAGCUGUAUGGGGUGCUUUACUUGGUGCUUGUAGGAUGCAUAAAAACAUGGAGUUGGGUGCCUAUGCUGCUCAGCAUAUAUUUGAACUGGACCCCCAUGAUUCAGGACCCCAUGUGCUGCUGUCUAAUAUCUAUGCCUCAGCUGGGAGAUGGAGUCAUGCUGCAAAAGUGAGAAAGAUUAUGAAAGAAAGUGGUGUGAAGAAGGAACCUGCUUGUAGUUGGGUGGAUAUUGAGAAUGCUGUCCACAUGUUCGUGGCAAAUGAUGAUGCCCACCCAGACAAAUCUGAGAUCUUUAAGAAGUGGGAGGAAAUUAGUCGGAGAAUAAAGGAAAUAGGCUAUGUUCCUGACACUAGUCACGUGCUCUUGUUUGUUGAUCAGAAGGAAAGGGAAGCAAAGUUGCAAUACCAUAGCGAGAAGCUUGCCUUAGCCUUUGCCCUUUUGAAAACACCACCUGGAUCCACCAUUCGGAUUAAGAAGAACAUUAGGGUUUGUGGUGAUUGCCACUCAGCAUUCAAGUUUGUGUCUAAGGUGGUGGGGAGAGAGAUUAUCUUGCGAGACACCAACCGUUUCCAUCACUUCCGCAAUGGCUUUUGUUCUUGUGGAGACUACUGGUAGUGUGUUAUGAAGCAAAACGCAAUUACAUACAAGUAGGCUGACCAUUGGUGGGUGGCCUUUACCUAAACAAGAUGCCCAAGCCAUGCAAUACAAACACCAGGCUAAGAUGCAUGAUGUGAAGGCCAGGGUAUGAAUAGAAAAAUCCUGAUGGAAAUGACAGUGGACAUUCUAUAAAGGACCGUGCUACGUGUAUCGAUAAAAUGUACAAGUUUGAGGAUCAAAUCAAACUUCAUCAUCAGAUGAAAUCCGAUCAAACUUCAUUAUCAAUCAUCGGGUUUCAUCAAUCAUGAAAUUCAAUCGAGUUUCAUCAUGAAGCUAGACUAAGCUUACUUCAUGAAACUCGGGGCUUCAUCCAGAGACAAAAGUGGAAAAUUAGUGGUUCUGCUGUUGUUACAGGGCUGGAGUCGCAUGCUGAACCUGGCUUUUUGACUUGGGAGCUUUUGAACAUGGUCAAUACUUCCCACAAGAACAUCUGUGAUUGAGAAACCUACUUACCAACAGUACGAGGUUAAUGUUUGCAACAAUCUGGUAGAAUGAUUUUGCAGCUGAUCAGCAUCAAGAUGACUCUCUCACAAGGAUUGAUCACUGAUGAGGUCUCUUGUCAGUCCUACAAAUCCUACCAUUUAUUUGUCUUGUAGUGUCUUUACCUUUUGAAAAUAUGGAAAUUCUGGAAGUGUUUCUCUGAAGAUGAUGUAAUUUUUAAUUGAAAUGCUGAAAUUAUGAGAAAUGUUCUUGUGUUUCUGGCAUUGUAUAUAGUUGGUGUGUCUAACAUUAAUCCCACUAGGUGGGAUAGGAUUAGUUUUGGUAAAUUAAAUGUCUCCAUCCGAAGCAUCAAAAGUAGCUUGAAU